AUGACGCCUGGAUUGGAGACAAAAGAGAAAUCUUUAAAAGAGAAGAAAACUAAGAAACAAAAAACAAAAAAGGCAAAAAGUAAAGUGAAACAGUUACUGAGAAUUAGAUGUCCCAUCUGCUUUAAUAACUUAGCAAAAGGUACCGUUGUCUCGACGAAGUGUGGCCAUGUGUUUUGUAGGCAUUGUCUUCAAAAAGCUUUGAUACAGAAUCCAAUAUGCCCUAUGUGUCGGAAAAGAUUGGCUGGCUUUCAGGGCUAUCAUUCCUUAUACUUGGACCAAAAUAUAUGUGACGAUUUUGAAGAUAUAAUAGAAGAAUUUGGAACAUAA